AUGGAAGACUACUUCUCCAUCGACGACAUCCUCUCCUCCGAGCCGCGCAUUUACGCGACCUUCCACGUGCAGGCGCACCAGCUAGCGCAUCUGGACCCCGCAGGGGCAGCUGCGGUGUGGUCGUCGAACAAGCAGUCGUCCGCGGAGGACCGGCUGGACCUGCCGUCCGGGCACCGUCUCGCGCUUCCCUUUUGGCUGGCGGACUCGCUCGCGCAGCGCGGCGUGGCGGCGCUCGAGCUGCCGCGCUGCUUCGCCACGGGUGCGCGCCACGCGCUGCGCGCCGACGCGCGCGCCGUGCGCCUGCAGACGCGCUGCCCAGCCUUCUACGCCCUCGGCCUCAGGAUCGCGAAGCUCGUUAGGGACUCGAGGCUAAGCGAGGCACUCGUCAGAGCGUUUGCGGACCGCUGUUGGGGCAUCGUUGAUUCGGCCGUGUUUGCGGGCGCUAGGGGCGUCGCAGCGCUGGAGGGGCUCGAGGAGAAGGAGCGGAAGCUGUUCUUUGCGGCGCAUGGACUGGAUAUCGCGCUACGGAGGUGGAAGGAGAGGAGAAUUGAUCGCAUCGGUAUGGCGCAUGGGGUCUUGGGGAAGAGGUGUCGGGAAGAGGGGCCCGGAAGCCCGGUUACUCCGUCGACGUCUAAGCAACGGCUUCAAUAA